UGCGUUCAAAAGACACAAAACAGCUCGGACAAGUCAGUGAAGUGGACGCAAACUUGGUCAACAAGCCGCCAGUGAGCCGCUCAGCCCGGGACAGUUGCUCUGUUGCUUAGUUGCUUGGCGUCGCCACACACACACUCGGUGAGGAGGAGCAACACAACCGAACCUUCGCUGUUUUACCGAGCACGAACAGAGCGGCCGGCUGCUCGAGAUGCCGCUCCUCCACAGGAAAGCCUUCGUCCGCCAGGAGCCUCCGGCCGACCUGCGCCCCGACGAGGAGGUCUUCCUCUGCCGCAUCACGCACGAGAUCUUCCGCAGCUACGAUGAAUUUUUCGAGCGGACCAUCCUGUGCAACAGCCUGGUGUGGAGCUGCGCGCUGACGGGCCGCGCGGGCCUCACCUACCUGGAGGCGGCGGAGAGCGAGCGGCGGGCCAAGCGGAGCCUCCGGAACUUCCCGUCCGUCCUGGUCGGGCCGCUGCUGCACCUGGCGGCGCUGUGUCGCCGCGGCCGCCUCAGCGAGCUCUGCGAGGAUGUCUACGCCUUCGUCAAGGAGCGCUUCUUCCCCGGCGAGACGGUGGAUGUCAGUGGACGCACCGGGGCCAGACACACAUGCGAGGUCCUUAAGGUCCACUCGCCGCAUUCCAGCACCGGCGGAGCGCCGGCUGUCAACGGACACAAGUCUACUGACAGCGACACCAUCGUCAUCAGCGACAGCGACGAUGAAGACGCCGCUGCCUUUCAAAGUCCCAGCAGGAAAAGCAAGAAGCCUCUAAACCCGUCGGCGUUCAAGUACGAGGUGAGGACGGUGAAGGACGGGCACGGCGAGCCGUUCAUCGCUCGAGCCUUUCAGAUAAGUCGCAGGAAGAACGUGAUGUCCCGCGAGCGUCUCAAGCUGCUCCUCAAGCAGCACUGUGAGCCCGCUAACGGAGUCAUUAGGCUCAAAGCGUCGAGCGUGGUGAAGUACCGGCUCUGCGAGCAGAACUUCUCGCGCUUUUUCCCGGAUGAGCCGCCCCGGUUCCCCUGCAGUGUCAAGAUGGAGGGGCGGGGCUCGCCGGCGCAGGCGAGCGCGUCUUUGCUGAAGGCGGCUGAAGAAAAGCAGAAACUGCUGCAGCACAAGGAGGAAAUGGUGGCCAAGGCAAAGCUGAAGAGGGACGAGGAGGCGCACGGGGCCAAGGAGAAGCUGAAGGAGGAGCAGAGGAGGCGCUUUGAGGAGGAGAAGCAGAAGAGGAGAGAGGAGAAGGAGCGCAGGAAGCAGGAGAAGGAUCUGGAGCGUGAAAAGCUUAAGGAGGAGAAGAAGAAAUACGCAGAGAGGCUGAAAUUGUGGAACAAACCCCGCGAGGAUAUGGAGUGUGAAGAUCUGAAGGAUCUGCCCGCUCCGACGCCCGUCAGGACUCGUCUGCCGGCAGAGCUCUUCGGAGAAGCCAUGAUGGUCCUGGAGUUCCUGCGGGCCUUCGGGGAGGACUUUGGACUCAAGGAUGAAUUCCCGGACGGAGUCUCUCUCGAGGUUCUGGAGGAGGCCCUUGUGGGCUCUGAUCCGGAAGGUCCUCUCUGUGAGAUGCUCUUCUUUUUCAUCACGGCCAUCUUUCAGGCUCUGGAUGAGGAGCGAGAGGAGGUGGCCAAAGAUGCGCCCGAAGAGCUGCCAGAAGCUCCGGACGACGACGCCGAACGGGCCGACCGGGCCGAGAGCUCCGCCGUGUCGUCGGCCGCCGCCUGGUCUCAGCUCCAUCUGGGCUGCAGUCUUCAGGAAGUGGACCUGGACAGCUGCACGCUGUCGGAGAUCCUGCGUCUGCACAUCCUGGCGUCCGGCGCCGACUGCAACCACGGCAACCCCAAGUUCCGCUACCAGAAGCAGGGCGGCUUCGCGUCCGCGGAUGACCCGUGCGUGGAGCUCUGCUCGACCCGACCGGCGCUGGUGAGGAGGCUGGCCCGCACGGCCGUGUACGACCUGUCGCCAGGUGAGAAGCUGAGCAUCCUGCAGGCGCUGGCGGGCAAGCUGUUGACAUUGGCGUCGAGCAGAGAUCUGAUCGAGGAAUGCGUGGAGGAGCAGCGCGCCGCCAGGCAGGAGCUGAGGGAGGUUCGGGCCGAGCAACACCGCAGAGAGCGGGAGGAGGCGGCGCACAGGGUGCGUCUUCGCAAAGAGGAGCGUCUGCGGGAGCAAGAGCAGCGCCUCAAGAUGAAAGCGCAGGAACUCCAGGACGGCGGGGUGACUGAUUCAUCACAACAGAAGACCACCAACGUCCGAGAAUCACCCAGGACCUCGGAUGCCAACGUGCCAACGGGCGCCCCCGCCAGCCUGACCGCGGAGGAACUGGAGGAAGAACAGGAGAAGGUACGUGAGCUACAGGAGCGCAUCCAGAAGGCGGCGGCGUGCACCAGCUUGCACCCGCUGGGCCGGGACCGCCUCUAUCGCCGCUACUGGCUCCUCCCCUCGGCCUCUGCGCUCUUUGUGGAGGAGGACAGCUUUGGCCUGACGGAGGACAUGUUGCAACCCCGUCCUAAACCCGCCCAACACGCCCCCACCAAGAUGGAGGACGGCGAUCAUGUCCAGGAGGAGCCUGCGGAGGGAAGCGUCGGCUCGAGCCCGGCCCCCCUGCGUUCCUGCGGCCCGCCGGUCAACCGUCCGAACCAGUGGUUCUUCUACACCUCGGUGGAGGAGCUGGACCAGCUGAUGGAUGCGCUGAACCCACGAGGCCAUCGUGAAAGCGGCCUGAAGGAGGCGCUGCUGCAGGAGCGUGAGCGUCUGCAGGAGGUUCUGCAGGCCUGCCAGCGCAGCAAGUACACAUGCACGGACGAUCCCGAGUCCUCCCGAUCCGUCCCGGAAUGCACCGCUGCGGCCGAGACCCUCAUGGAAGUCAGACUGAGAGACUUGCUGCUGGACAUCGAGGACCGCAUCCACCAAGGAACUCUAGGAACGCUCAAGGUGAUGGAGAGACACGUGUGGCGUGCGGCGUUGGAGGCGGGAAACCACAAGCUGCUGAGUCCCGAUGCAAGCGAAGCCAUGGAGGUGGACUCCGCACACCCGAAGGCCAGAGACGGGCUGUUGGUGGUGGACAAGAUGGCGGCAGUGAGGAGUCUGGCUCAGGCGCUGACCCACAUCGAGCACGGCAUCGAAAGACGCUUCCUCAAAGCUCCGCUCGCGGCUGCUGCCACUGCAGGUGAAGACGAGCCCAAGAAAGAGCAGAAGAGCAAAAAGAGCAAAAUGAAGAAAGACGAAGACCAGGCCAGCGACGACGGCAGCGACAGCAGUCGUGCGACGAAGUCCGUGUUGGAGCGCUGGAGAGAAUCUCUGCUGUCGUCUUCCAGUCUGUCUCAGGUAUUUGUUCACUUAUCCAUCCUGGAGCGAAGCAUUCUAUGGUCUCGCUCCAUCCUGAACGCCCGCUGUCGCGUGUGCCGGCGCAAAGGCGACGCCGACAACAUGCUGCUGUGCGACGGCUGCGACCGCGGACACCACACCCACUGCCUCAGGCCACGCCUCAAGAGUGUUCCGGAGGGCGACUGGUUCUGUCCCGACUGUCGGCCCAAAAAGAGAUCCGGCCGCCUUCCUUCUCGCCAGCGUUCUUCACUGGAUGAGGAGGAAGAUGAGGAAGAGGAAGAAGAGUCUGCGGAGGACGAGGAAGAAGAGGACGAAGAGGAGUCAGAAGAGGAAGAACCCGAAGAUGUUGUGAGUACCAAGAAGACUCAGGCCGUGCCUCCCAAAGGCAAGAGCAAUCAGGCCACGACCAAAGCUCAGCAGGCCACGCCCAAGAACAGCGCGCCGUCAAACGGGAAAGGCACAUCCAAGUCAUCAGGUAAGAAGGCCACGCCCCUUCAGUCCAAGGCCGCCGCGUCGGGCAGCAAGAACGACGACAGCGACGGACGGUCAGCGGGUCGCAAGAGACCGCCUACCGCAGACGCGCCGCCGACAUCCCAACCCCGCAAGCCGGUCCUGGCCUCUCUCUCUCGCGCCUCCGCCGCGUCCUCCGGCACCCGCCGCUCGUCCGGGAGGAACCGAGGCGUCCACGAGCUGUCGGCGUGCGAGCUCCUGAUCGUGGAGCUGGUGCGCCACGACGACAGCUGGCCCUUCAUGAAGCUGGUGACCCGCGCGCAGGUGCCCGACUACUAUGACAUCAUCAGCAAACCCAUCGCGCUGAGCACCAUCAGAGAAAAAGUCAACAACUGCCAGUACCUCAACACAGACGGGUUCAUCUCGGACGUGAACUUGAUGUUCUCCAACUGCCUCCGGUACAACGCUCGCAACAGCAACGAGGCCAAGGCCGGCCUCCGCCUGCAGCAGUUCUUCCGCGCCCAGCUGAGCAAGCUGGGCCUAACGGAGCGCGCCGUCACGCCGCCCGCCAAGCGAGCGCGCCUCUGAGUUCGUCGCUCCUUGCCCCCCCCCCUCACACACACACACACACACACACACACACACGCACGCACGCACGCACACACCGAGGUGACUCGUUGACCACAUUUAAAGGGACCUCAGGGGUCGGAGCUCAUCGCGACUUCACUGGUUUGUUUACAGCGUGUCGCCCCCGCUCGCCUAGUUGCAACUACUGACCUCUGACCUACUGAUGUUCAGGGUGUUGUCUUCCUGUGGUGCCUCACUUCCUGUUUCCUGCAACAACAACAAAACUGUGGAAUGUUUUUGCACUGACACCAAACACGUUCAUGUCUUCUUUCUCAGGGACGACAAAAAAAAAAAAAAUAGUGAUCUUUCCGACUACCAUACUGACAUAAUUCCUAUUUCUUUUCCACGUUCCGUUUGACUUGUCUAUUUUUUCCGAAACGGCAAAGUGAUCAUUUUACGGAGAAAUGACACUGACGACGCAAGCUGUCAAUCACACGUGUCCGUGUUAAAAAUAAACAUUUAAUUUGGUCUUUGUGCGCCUAAAACCGUAAACGAGCUCGCGUUCGCCAUGUUGAAAACUUGCUUUACGUUCUUCGGAAGCAUCCUGGUGCUUAGCUUAGCAUUGAGCCCAACUUGUUGUUGAUGAGAACUCUUCCUUUCAUCUUUUGUUCUGGACUGGUGCGAGUGUGUUUUCGGGGGCGCACCUCAAUGUUGAUGUUCGUCCCCCUUAUUAUUUAUUUAUGACUGAUAGACGAGCCGCCGGCACCACCGCGUUGUCCAGCCCCCUUGUUGUGAAAAUAAAACUUUUUAUAAAAUGA